GUAUACACGUAUUUUCGUUUCCACUGAACGAAAACUGUCGUAAAAGAUGGCUCAAUGCAAUCCCUCGUAGUGAUUUAGUGGUUACAAAAUACACGCGAGUAUGUAAUUUGCACUUUGCUGAGGACAGCAUCAUUUGGGAAUCCACCUUCCAUGACGAAAAGACAGGACAUAUCAAGCAGAAGAAGCCGAGAUGAGAAAUUGAGGGACAAGGAACAAGAACAACUACUUAAAGCACUGCAAACUAGCAUUGACGAUUACUCCUCCUAUCAAAAAUCAACUUGUUUUCAAACUGAUUCAGACUUCAGGAUAAAGUUACUUUGUUUAAGUUAGAAUAUAAACCAGCACCCAUCGUAACUCACUCUGUAAUUGUUGAUAAAGAUCUCAAUGUAAAAGCGUAUAUGUACUCCCAAGAAUUGUUACUCAACUCAGGUA